CAAGACGAGGACGAGAUGCCGGUUAAGUUGUACGAUGUGUCGCCGCGCGUUUUCUGCGCCAUGCAGAACCUGGAUAUCACCCUUUUGGCCAGCUACCCGGAGGCGGAGAUCCGCCCGGUGCUGCCGUCGUUGGUUCGGAUGAGCCUGCUGUCGCCGUUGGACAACACAGAGUCGUCCAUGGAGUCCCGCAAACAGAUCCUGGCAGUGCUAAUCGGCAUCGAGGUGGUGAACAGCAUUGUGUCCUACCUACAGGUUAACUACCAUGAACUGGAAAACGAGCUGAAGAAGGAGCUGCAGGCGCGGCAGAAGUCCGCCUUUUUUGAGGGCCAGCAGCAUGAGUUCGGUCUCCAGUCAGGCAUUGCGCUUGGCUUCGAGCGGGCGGACGUUGCGCGCAAGGUGCGCGUGGUGCUUUCGGAGAUCUUUAACCUGCAGCAGCAGGUCUCCGAGCAGAAGCCUCCCGCCCAUUCGGAGAUGCUGGACGACGGCAUCUACCUGGAGGAGGUGGUAGACAUACUGUGCAUUGCCCUGGCCGAGCUUCCCUCCCUGCUCAACAUCCUGGAGCUGACGGACGCUCUGGUCCACGUGCCCAACGGGUACCGCAUCAUCUGCGCCCUGGUGGCCAACUUCCCCGACUGCUAUCGCGACGUCGUCUCCCAUGUGAUUGCCAACUGUGACGAGGACGGCAGCGACGGCAAGCACCGGUUGAUGCUGCUCAUGGGGCUCAGCGAGAUGAAUCCCUCCCAGGCACUGGCAAACAGGUCCAUGUGCGUGGAAAUGCUAAAGGUGCCGUCGUUUAUGCUCAAGCUCACGCUCAAGCACCCUGAGGAUCUGAUAGCCUUCCUCACUGGCCUGCUGCUGGGCAACGACCAGAACCUGCGCUCCUGGUUCGCCGUCUACAUCCGCUCCAGCCAGAAGCGCAAGGGUGACGCCCUGAACCUGGUGCGAGUGGAGCUGCUCCAGAAGGUGGUCCAGACGACGGCCAAUGCGGCGGAGCUGCGCGACUUCAAUCUGCAGGGCGCGGUGCUGCUGCGACUGUACUGCGCGCUGCGCGGGAUCGGUGGGCUGAAGUUCAACGACGACGAGAUCAACGCCCUGUCCCAGCUGGUCACGAGUUGUCCGCAGGCCACGCCCUCGGGAGUGCGGUUCGUGACGCUGGCACUGUGCAUGCUCAUCGCCUGUCCUUCGCUGGUGUCCACCAUUCCGCUGGAGAACAAGGCGGUGGAGUGGCUUCAGUGGCUGAUUCGCGAGGAUGCCUUCUUCUGCAAGCGCUCUGGCACCAGCACCUCGCUGGGUGAGAUGCUCCUGCUGCUGGCGAUCCACUUCCACAGCAACCAGAUCUCGGCCAUCAGCGAAAUGGUCUGCUCCACGCUGGCCAUGAAGAUACCCAUCCGGCCGAACAGCACUAACCGGAUCAAGCAGCUAUUCACGCAGGACCUGUUCACCGAGCAGGUGGUGGCCCUGCACGCGGUGCGCGUGCCCGUCACGCCUAACCUAAACGGGACCAUUCCGGGCUACCUGCCGGUGCACUGCAUCCACCAGCUGCUGAAGUCGAGGACCUUCCUCAAGCACAAGGUGCCAAUUAAGUCGUGGAUCUUCAAGCAGAUAUGCAGCUCGGUGAGGCCGGUGCAUCCGGUGAUGCCAGCUCUGGUGGAGGUGUUCGUCAACACGCUUAUAAUACCCAACCCCACGGGCAAGGUGAACAUCGACCACAUGCACAGGCCCUUCACCGAGGCCGAGAUCCUGCACGUGUUCAGCACGUCCAAGCUCACCUUCUUCGCCGAGGAACUGCCGCCGAUGGUGGAGAGCGACGAGCUGAACCAGAUCGAGGUGCACUGCCCGCUCACUGCCCAGCUGCUGAUGAUUUACUACCUGAUGCUGUACGAGGACACUCGGCUGAUGAACCUCAGCGCCCUGGGUGGACGCAAGCAGAAGGAGUACUCGAACAACUUUUUGGGGGGCCUGCCCCUGAAAUACCUGCUGCAGAAGGCGCACCACUACCACCACGACUACCUAUCGCUUUUCCACCCCCUGCUGCGCCUGAUCAUCUCCAACUACCCGCACCUGAGCAUGGUGGACGACUGGCUGGAGGAGCACAACCUGGCCCAGGGCAGUGCCACCGUGGUGGUGAGCAAGCGGGAGCUCAAGCCGGAGCAGCUGGACCGGGCGCUGGCCGCGAUCCAGACGAAGCCGCAUCUCGCCAUCCGGGUCUUCAAGCAGCUGCUUCAGAUGCCGCCGGAGACGCAGGCGCAGUACGGCCAGCAGCUAGUGCAGCACCUGCCGGUGGUGUUCGCCAAGUCGGUGCCGCGCUACAUCAAGGAUCUGUACAACGACAUCUGGCUUCGCCUGAACGCCGUGCUGCCCACCACCUUGUGGAUCAUGUCGCUGCGCGCGAUCACCAACAGCUCGGACUCGAUUAACCGGAGGAGCUUCGCCAACGAGAGCUUGCUUGAGCCCAUGGAGGUGCUGAGUUGCCCCCGCUCGGUGUUCUGCUCGCCGUAUUUGCUCAUGAUCCUGCUGCGCAUCCUUAAAGGCAGCUUGGCUGCCUCGAAGACCUAUCUCAACGUGCACAUGCAGCAGAAGCAGGUGCUGGAUAAGAACGGCCUGGUGCAGACGGACGCGGACCGGGAGGAGCUGAAGACCACGCUGAUCGCCUCGCAGGAAAGCGCUGCCGUGCACAUUUUGCUGGAGGUGCUCGAGUACAUGGCCAACAAGGCCUCGGACCGGGUUUCGCGUCUAGAGCUGCGCGAGAUACAGGGCAUCAUUGGGACCUACGUGCACCAGGCUUUCAUCUCGGAGCCGUCGCUGGCCAAACUGGUGCACUUCCAGACGUACCCGAAGUCCGUCAUCCCCAUGAUUGUGGCCAGUGUGCCGUCAAUGCACAUCUGCAUUGACUUUGUCCACGAGUUCCUGAACGUCACCGAGAUGGACAAACAGAUCUUCACUAUUGAACUCACCUCCCACCUGGUCCUCAACUAUUCGAUACCCAAGAGCCUGGGCGUUUCCAAGUUCUGCCUAAAUGUGAUCCAGACCACGUUGUCCCUGCUGACAGCCUCGGCCAAGUGCAAGUUUCUGCGGAAUGUUCUGCCGGCUAUGGUGCGCUUCGUGGAGACGUUCCCCAUCCUGGCCGACGACUGCGUCAACAUCCUGAUGACCACCGGCCGCAGCCUGCACUCCCAGUCGUCCCUGGGCGUGACCACCAUGCAGAUGCCCCUCACCGAGAGCGCAAAGCUGUGCUCGUACCGGGACGCCCAGCUACACAUCAUCAUGAUCGAAGACGCGUUCAAGGCGCUGGUCACCGCCGUCAUGCAGAAGUCGGAGCUGUAUUAACUGGAUUGGAUCCCCCUCGUAACUCUUAAGCUCAACCCCUUCUCCUGUCACACAGCUGAUUAUAAUAGUGCUUGUAAAAUUCAUAACAACGACAAAUGACCAGAAUAAACAUUCACUGAAAACCUGA